CAUUAUCUGUCUGAUUCUAGAACGCAACGAGGCGAUACCAACACGAGCCUCAAAAGAUUAGAACGCACGACAGUUACUUUCAGUUCUAGGUGUCUUAUCAAACGUGAAUUAUUUUGACACCUGAUUUUUUAAUUAUUAAAAUAAUUGUUUUCACCCUUAACGCCAAUUUUAUGGUGUGAAGUGAUUUUUUUUUUUUUUUUUUAUAAAUUUCACAAUUCUUGAAAAUAUUUAACAAAGUGGAUUCCAAAUUUGGAAAUUGUGAUCCCAGUUUGGACAUGAAACACAGGACAAUACUUCCGGGGGAUUCCCUGUUCCAGUUCCUUCAAGAACGACUCUCUAAAUAUUCAUGAAAGUCUUGCUACAAAAGAAACCCACAAAAUCAAAAUGUCACUGGGUCAACGAAUUUCCGGAGCUGUCGCUGUCCUUAGAGGUGUCCCUUUGGAGACAAAGGAAAGCCACACAUCAAAGGAUUUGGAAAAAAUGACUUCCGAAAAUGAAGAGGAAAAAAAACCUAUUCCGUCUGACUCUCUGCGUAGACUUCAAGUGAUGAUAAAAUGGAUGGGUGAGAAUUUGGUAUUGGUGCUAACAAUUGCUGCAGUUUUAUUGGGCUUGAUUCUCGGAUUCCUAGGUCGAUUAGUAAAUUUCUCCUCACAUUCAAUAAUGCUCAUCAGCUUUCCGGGAGAAGUUCUUAUGCGUGUCUUAAAAAUGUUUAUUCUACCCUUGAUAAUAUCAUCGCUCAUUACAGGAAUGGCUCAACUUGAUGCACGAAGUUCCGGAAGAAUAGGGUUUCGUGCCUUAUCCUAUUACAUGGUCACAACAAUUCUAGCCGCGAUAGUGGGGAUUGCAAUGGUAUUGAUAAUUCAUCCCGGAAAUCCAGAAAUCAAACCUAAAGUGAUUGACACUCUCGGUGAGGAGUCCAAGAUAUCAACGAUUGAUGCCAUUCUGGAUAUAAUAAGAAACAUGGUACCGGAGAACCUCGUCCAAGCAUGCUUCCAACAGGUGCAGACAUCAUACGUGAAGAAGAAAAUAAUCAUCCUCGAGGGUAAAAAUCGAACGGACUACAUUUUGGAGCCAACAUUAGUCUACAAGGACGGGACCAACGUCAUGGGCAUGAUUGUUUUCUGCAUUGUUUUUGGACUUCUCGCCGGUCAAAUUGGACCCAAGGGCAAAAUUAUGAUCGACUUCUUUGCAGUGUUAAACGAUCUUGUUAUGAAACUGGUUGGCAUCAUUAUCUUGUGGUACUCGCCGUUUGGAAUAAUGUGCCUGAUAGCGGGAAAAAUCAUGUCCAUUCAAAAUCUAGCAAUGAUGGCACAAAUGCUUGGAUUAUACAUGAUCACUGUCAUCAUGGGUCUUUUAAUUCACGCCAUCAUCACACUUCCACUGAUUUUUUGGCUAUUGACGAAAAAAAAUCCCGCUGUAUUCUUUCGGGGUAUGAUGCAAGCCUGGAUCACAGCCAUGGGAACAGCUUCCAGCGCAGCAACAUUGCCAAUUACCUUUCAGUGUUUGGAAGAAAAUAAUAAGCUUGAUCCGAGAGUUAGUCGUUUUGUUGUUUCGGUCGGUGCCACAGUAAACAUGGAUGGAACUGCACUUUACGAGGCUGUAGCAGCAAUUUUCAUUGCUCAAAUGAAUGGAAUUUCAUUGGGAAUCGGCGAUGUCAUCACAGUCAGUUUCACUGCUACAUUAGCAAGUAUAGGAGCUGCCAGUAUUCCAAGCGCUGCGCUAAUCACUAUGCUUCUGGUAUUGACUGCUCUUGGACUACCAACGAGCGAUGUUUCUUUACUUUUCGCUGUUGACUGGUUAUUGGAUCGACUGAGAACAUCAAUUAACGUUCUGGGAGAUGGUUUUGGAGCAGGAAUAGUUUAUCAUCUAAGUAAAGACGAAUUAGAAGAAAUGGACGCGGAGAAAAAAUUUGAGGGUAUGGAAUCAGGAAUGUCUCCUAUUGAACUUGAUGAAUGUCAAGAAUCUGCUACGAGUCCUAUCUCUACAUCUGAAACAAAAAUUUAAAUGAAACCAACCAUAUUAUUAAAGAAACAAAAAAAAUCCAAUUUUUCACUUCAGCAAUACUAACAAUAAAAAAACGAGACUACCAAAAUAUCAAGAGCAUGAUAAGUACAAAAAAGUAGAGAAAACGAGUGAUUUAAAAAAAUCUAAUACAUAGAUUGAUUAAAUUCUCGAAUAAUUGUAAGAAAUAUAUGUAAAACGAUCUAAUAUUCUAAGACUAAUUGUGUGCAAGUCCCCCUCCUAGACAAUGCACCUAUUAUUGUAUGAAAAUUUAAUUAAAAAACAAUAAAAAAAAAUGAUGACCAUUUUUUCAAUAUAAACAAAUUCUAAAAUGUGUUCUAUCAACAAUUUUACGAAUAGAUUCUUUACGUCAAUUUUUUUAGGAUAAUCAAUUUUUACAAAACAAUUUUGUUAAUAACAUCAUUCAAGUAUUUAUCAAUGACGUUUAUGAAAUUGUACAUUAUGAAAUAAAUAAAUGUAAAAAUUCCACAUUAACGGAAUAAUUUAUUUGUACUUUAUCACUUAUGAAUUGCGCAGUGAAAUACAUAUUUACAUCCAUUCUUAUUGCCUAGAUAUUAUUUUUGAGACACACGUACAUUAUGACUUGUUUUUAGAACGAAGAUCCUUAAUAAAAUUAUUCCUGCGUCUUAAAUACGACGAACUUUAGAAUAAAGAAAAAAAAUUUAAUGAAUUACUUGCAAUCUCAGUACACGUGUACCAUACCGUAGAGGAAUGUCCAGAAUAGUACAUAUGU